CCAGUCGUCAACUGAAUUUAUAAAAUUUUGUGAACGCAAUCGCAUACCAAGCGAGUCGAUUUUUUACCAAUAGCUACUCUAAAAAACUAUAUAAAGACAAAUUUCACGUAGAUAUUGUUAGCAUAUUAAACGGAAAGGCGAUAUCUAAUAUCACUUUAUAUUUGGAUCAAUUAAAAAUCACUAAAGAUGUUGAUCAAGGUUAAGACGCUUACUGGCAAAGAAAUCGAAAUAGAUAUAGAACCUACUGAUAAGGUAGAGAGAAUCAAAGAGCGGGUUGAAGAAAAAGAAGGCAUUCCUCCACAGCAACAACGAUUGAUAUUUUCCGGAAAACAAAUGAAUGAUGAAAAGACAGCCCAGGAUUACAAAGUGCAGGGAGGGUCCGUGUUGCAUUUGGUGUUAGCCCUCAGAGGGGGCCAGUGAUCUCUUGUGAUGUAUCCAUCUCAGUUUUAUAACACUUAUUUAAUUUUAUUAAUUUCUUGGAUUAAGUAAAACAUAAUUAAAGUGAUGUUAAACAAUUAUUUUUAAUUAAAGUAACACAAACAUUCACU